CGCAAUAAAUGACGAUACUCUAGACAAAGCUACUCUGUUUUCGGCUCUUCUUCCUCUGCUCUCCCUCCAUCAACUUCCUCAAGUUCCUCGCGGAUUCCAAGAGAAUACAGUUGGUGAAACUGAAAAACUGAGUUGGUUGGUAGGUAGCAUAGAAAAUGAGUAGGAUUCAAAAGGAUAUCAUUGGUUGUCGUGAUGGAAGUGACAUUAGAGGAUCAUCUUCCCACGGGCAAGGUGUUAAUGAGAAUUCUUGUGGUCUUGAUCAUGAAAUUGCUCAGCUCACAAAGCUUAGGUCGGGUCCAAAUGAGCUCUUCCGCCGGGUUGUUCCUGGCGGGAUGAAAUUACCUGUUUCAACAUUGAAAAUGUUGGUUGGUAGAGAAGCUAAUUACUCUGGAAGAGGUCGAUUCUCAUCCUCUGAUGGUUGUCAUGUGCUGAGCCGAUACUUGCCUGUCAAUGGUCCUUCGUUGGUUGACUGUGUGGAAAGCCGUGUAUAUGUGUCUCAGUUUUCAGCUGAUGGUUCUCUUUUUGUUGGUGGAUUCCAGGAAAAUCUUGUUCGGAUAUAUAAUGUCGAUAAGGGAUGGAAAGUUCAGAAGGACAUUCUAGCAAAAAGCUUAAGAUGGACAAUUACAGAUACCUCUCUUUCACCAGAUCAAAAUUUUCUUGUUUAUUCUAGCAUGUGUCCUAUUGUCCAUAUUGUGAAUGUCAGAUCUGCUGCAACAGAGUCCAUUGCAAACAUUACGGAAAUUCAUGAAGGUUUAGAUUUUUCUGGCACUGAUGAUGUAGACAAUGAAUUUGCAAUUUUCUCUGUGAAAUUCUCUACCGAUGGGAGAGAGCUUGUUGCUGCCAGUGGUGAUGAUGCAAUAUACAUAUAUGAUCUUGUGGAAAAUAGGCGUAUUCUCCGCAUCCCAGCUCAUAAGUCUGAUGUUAAUACAGUAUGUUUUGCGGAUGAAACUGGCCACCUCAUUUAUUCUGGGAGUGAUGAUGGUCUUUGUAAGGUGUGGGAUAGGCGUUGCCUUGUCAAUAAAGGAAAAGCGGCUGGGGUCUUGAUGGGACACCUAGAAGGCAUUACUUUCAUUGACAGCCGUGGAGAUGGGCGCUAUUUUAUUUCAAAUGGAAAAGAUCAGACCACAAAACUAUGGGAUAUACGAAAGAUGUCCUCAAAUGCAAAACGCUUUCAGGGCCGAAAAAGUCAUGGCUGGGACUACCGUUGGAUGGCAUACCCAGCCAGUUCAAGGAACUCAAAACAUCCCAAUGAUCUGUCAUUAUCUACAUACAAAGGUCAUCAAGUUCUGCAAACUUUGAUUCGAUGCUACUUCUCUCCAUCAUAUAGUACUGGUCAAAAGUACAUAUACACUGGCUCUAGUGACUGUCGUGUUUAUAUCUAUGACCUUGUGAGUGGUGAACUAGUGGCAAGGCUUGAAAAUCAUUUAGAUUCGGUGAGAGAUUGUAGUUGGCACCCUUUCUACCCGACAAUAGUCAGCUCUUCUUGGGAUGGUGUCAUUGCUAGAUGGGAGUUUCCAAGGGAUAGCAAACCGCCAUCAAAGUGGAACGCAAUAAACAGACCACCUAUCUUUUGAAGAUCACAAUUGCAUCUGCAGAUACAAGUUUUGAGGUAUCAUGGAUGGUUCAUUUUGCUACUUGAAUAAUGUCCCUAGUAUCUCUGCCUUGGGGGAUGCACAGCUUGAACAUAUGACUCAUCUCUAGUUUUCCCC